GCAGUCAGUGGUGGGACUGAGGCGAAGGAGGGAGGAAGAAGCAGGAGUAGAGAACAGAGGAGCACAAAAACAGAUCAUCGCACGGCAAAAUGAGCAAGAGGCCGCUGAGUGAAUAGGAAGGGAUUACAGAAGCGCAGGAUUUGGAAAAAAAGAGGAGAGGACGUUUGACUGAAGACUCUUUCUAUCUGCUAACCCUUCCUGUCACCCCCUCAACUCCUCUCAGAGACUCUCUCCUCUCCCAUGGCGGUCUCCUCAGAGAAGGAUGGCACACUCUGACCCAUCCUCGGCUCGUUUUCCUGUCUCACUUUCCUCCCUCUGAACGCCUUCGUUCUGCUUCUCUGCUCGGGUUCAUUCCAGGAGGUGAGGAGUAAGAGGAGGGGAGGCUGACCUCUCCUCCCCCCUGCUUCAUCCCCAACACACACACACACACACCUCCUCACAGGGCCCGAGGGAGAGCAGGAAGCCGUCUGAUGACUUUCACCCACUACACCCUGGGUAACCGGGCCGACUGAAGCUCCAUCCCGCUGCUCCCCGUGACCCGGACUCCCGCUCCCAGAGCGGAGGGCAGGAGGAACCCGGGGGGGGGGAAUCAUGUUUGGAUUAAAGUCGCCACACUUCUACCUUCCAGGUAUGAACAAUGAGUCCAAUAAAUCUCCAUCAUUAGGAAUGAUCUCCACAGCAACUCGCACCACGGCCACAGUCAGUCCCCUCAGCCCACUAACCAAUGGGAACGCAGCUGCCCAGUCUGCAAACUCCGGAUUUGCUGCCGCUCUACGUAAACUGGCCAAGCAGGCCGAAGAUCCCAGAGUUUCUGCCCUCAGCUGUGAAUCGUCUCCAGUGUCUUCACCAGGCACCAGCCACCCGUCGCCGGCCGCCACCCCUAAGCGGGGCUCGUUAGGGCCCCUCUUGGGCCAGAGCAGGGGCCACAGCGUACCAAACAACCCUCCCGUGGUCACCAUUGCCCCUACCAAGACCAGCAACGGCCAGUGGAGGGCUGACCGACGACAGGUUGAGUCCGGUGCUCAGGGACCGAGUAGGGAGCGGGUGGGAGUGGAGAGCGCCCAGUUGCAGCAGGAUAAGAGGACGCCCCCCGUACCCCCGCCUCACUCGCUGGCUCAAUCCUUUGGUCGCACUCACGGCAACAUCAUGCAAGACCCUCGCUUGCAGAGCAUUAGCUUACCGGGCCAGAUGCACGCCAUGGUUCCCUCGGGUGCAGUUCCAGAGGAAUACCUGAGAGCGCUCCGGCCUUUCGCCACCUCUGACGAUCUCAGGCUCACCUCUCUGCCCCUGAGUCUCGACCCUGCCGCAGCCGCGCACGCAGCCGCUGCAGCCGCCUACUAUCACCCCGCCUACAUGCACCACCCUCUGUCUUUACAAAGCAGGAUGGAGGAGUCCCUUUGUCUUUCUGCACUGCGAUCGCAGUUCUACUCUGUGCCUGCAGGAGGUGCCUUCCCUCCCCUUCACCCCUCGGCCCUGCAGUUGCACCUACCUGGGGGCCGCUACCCAGGAGAAAUUAACCACGCUGCGUUCUCUGAGAGGCUACAGAUGGAGAACGAGCUCCGCCAGCGUGAGAGAGAGCAGGAGCGAGAACGAGAGAAAGAGAGGGAGCGCGAGGCCGGGCUGGAGCGAGAGCGGGAGCGGGAGGAGGAGCGGGAGAGGGAGCUGGACAGACAGAAGGAGAGGGAGCGCGAGGCCGGGCUGGAGCGAGAGCGGGAGCGGGAGGAGGAGCGGGAGAGGGAGCUGGACAGACAGAAGGAGAGGCAGAGGGACAGACAGCAGCAGAUGGUCCGGGCCGCCGAGAGUCACUACCUGGCUGAGCUGCAGGCUCGGAGGGCGGCGCCGCCGGAGGACCGGGCCAGACCCGGAGAGCGACUGACUCCCACCAGGCUGGAUAAAACCAAAGAGUCGGACCAAUUAAGUUUCCCAGCCCCUAAACCUGUGGCCCUGCAGCCCGGACAUCCCUCCUCCAGGGCCUCCGUCCCGCUCCCGGUGCCCAGCCUGCUGCCGGCUCACCUGGGGAAGCAUCGGGCUGCUGCCUCUGGGGGCAUCCACGAAGCUCUGGUCGCUGCCAUGAUGACUCAGAGGGCGAGCGAAGAAGUUUGGUUGGCGCGCCAACGAACACAGGGACAAGAGCGGGACGGCCCCCUGGAGGUGGGCCUCAGGUCCCCCGGGAAAGGUGUGGAGACGAGAAGAGACGGUCACAGAAUCAAUUCGGUCUACCACCACCCAGGCAGCAAAGACGGCCCCCUCGGAGCGCCGCCGCCGCUCAUCUCCCCUAAAGGUCCUCACCACCCCCCCGCUCCGCCAACAACACUGUGGAACCCGGCUUCCCUCGUAGACACACCCGCAGACUCCCGGCGAAAAUUCAGCGCCCCGACGCCACCGACCCGACCCCCGCCGGGACUGACCCGGACCCUGAUGAGCUGGGGAGACGAUGGAAGCAAGAGGACUCCCAAAAGCCCGGAGAGGUGUCCGCCGCUGAGAGGGGUGGGCUUACUGGAGCCAUGGAGCCGGGCUGAGACGGACAGAGCCCUCCACACCUUGUACCCCCCGCAUCACGGCAGUAAUCACCACAAACAGCCUGUGCCUCCGUCUGCCCCCGCUGACCAGGGGUUUCAGUACCAGGCGGGCCCUCCGUCCCUGAUCAGGGAGCGCCAGACGCCAGCGGCGGACAGCAUGUUGGUUUACGACGAGGUUCUCCAGCAGCACCGGCGGCUGCUCAGUAAGCUGGACCUCGAGGAGAAGAGGAGGAAUGAGGCCAGAGAAGGAGGUUAUUACUAUGACCUGGAUGAGUCAUAUGAUGAGAGCGACGAGGAGGAGGUAAAAGCUCAUCUGAGGAGGGUGACAGAACAGCCCCCCCUCAAACUGGACACGUCCUCUGAGAAAGUGGAUUUUUUGCGUUUGUGCGGUCUCACCACGCUGACCCAUCGGGACAAAAUUCUGGCUGAGAAGAGGAGGAAGAGGAGGAGGAUGAUGAGAGAGCGCAGCCUCUCCCCACCAGCCGUGCAGAGCAAAAGAAAGAUCUGUUCACUUUCAACACCCACAGCUUCUCUAACCACCCAGUACUCUGCCGAGCAGAUGGACAGCGCCCCCGAGCUGGAGGAGAAAAAAGACUUCCUCCUUAUGUUCAACCUCAGCCAUGUCAGCCCUCAGCAGAGGAGAGAUAAGGAGAGGACAGAGGAGCUGCUGAGAGCUAUUCAGAGGAAGACUGUGACAUUAGACACACUCAAAUAUAAUCCUCUGCCGCUCUGCAGAGGUCCUGCUGCUCUCUUAACUGGGGACUCUGCUACAGCUCCUCUGCGGCCUCAGUCAAAUGGACACCUGUACCCAGAGUCCCCCAGUCCCUCCCCUCCCUACUCACACAAGCACAGGCAGAAUGACACUCUCAAACCCUCGGUGGACUCCCAGGUCCCCUGCAUCCCCCCACCAUUAGCCCCCCAUCAUGAAAAGUCUGACACAACAGAGGCUCAAUCAAACAGCAAGCUCCAGGUCCUUCAGAACAGCGCCGGCCUUCAGAGAAAGGAGCACGCCGCGGUGCUGAACGGACAGCGCCGGCCCUGGGAGAGGUUCACGCCGGAGGCUUUUGCUCAGCGCUUCCACCAGGCAGUGCUGCAGUCCACACACAGCACACUGCAGAACAAAGGAGUCUCACACUGUGCCACAGAAGCUGGCGGAAAAUCCGAACGCUCGCUGCCUCAGAAUAACCCUCAUCUGAAGACUACGCACGCCACUCACACCGCUCAGCAUGCGCACCUCAACGGCCACCAUUUCCACCUGCCCGCAGCAAGCCAAGAUGCUCCGGCUCUCCGGGAGCGCCUGUCCGACGAGGAGGAGGAAGAGUCAGACGAUGAGGAAGAGGAGGAGGCUCCGAGGAAGUGGCAGGGCAUUGAAGCUGUUUUUGAGGCCUACCAGGAGUACGUGGACGACUGGAGCAUCGAGCGGCAGGUUCUCCACAGUCAGUGCAAAAGACUUGAAGCCCAGAAUUACAAUCUGACCAGGACUGCUGAGCAGCUUUCUCUCACUAUGGGGGAGCUGGUGAGUCAGAGGCAGAAAGUGAGGGAGGAGCGGGACAGGCUGCAGGCCCAGCUCGAGCACUUCAGGAGGUGUUUGACACUGCCGAAUGUUCACUGGGGCAGGAGCCAAGUCAACGGGCAAGCGCCGAGGUGACCUUCGAAAGAGACCGCAUCACCCUGAAGGAACCGCGACGAGCUCGUCGGGCCGGAGCCGGGCUGCUCGCCUCACCUCGAGGAGCUGGACAUCUCGUCUCCUGUCCGGCCUGUCAUUGAAAUCCACGGCAUCCAGAGAGUCUGAUUAAUGGAUGGGGAAACAACCUGAGCUCAUAUCAUCGAUUUAUACUAGCAAGCACACGCCAGGAGACUCUCGGGACGGCAGCGAGACGGGUCAAGCUCUUCGGUGAGGCUCGGGUCAAGGAAUCAAAGUUCACCUCAGGCCUUAAAAACUGACAGGAUGCACUUGAAAUCGAAUUAGAGUAAAUACUUGACAGUCGUCGGCGUCAGUUUGCAUGCUCACAAAAUGACCUACAGGACAAAUGAAGCUUCUAAAGUAUAUUUAAUAGCAAAAGGGUUUCAGCUGAGGGUGUGUGUGUGUGUGUGUGUGCGUGUGUGUGUGCGCGUGUGUGUGUGUGUGUGUGUGUUUUUUUUAUUCGUAAUGGUUCUUGUGAUAGAUGGAGAGUUUUGUAAGUUUUACUGCUUUAACUUGUGAGAAAGCCAUACGCUUUGGUGGAACUGCUGCUGGUCAGGAUAAAAAAAAACAAAAAACUGUUUAGUAAAUUAUGAACACUUGAACCGUUGUAUUUUGACAAAUAAAAAAAGUUUGGGGGGUUUAAAAGAACCACCGCUAUCAGAACAGGACAACUAUGGGUCACUGAGACUGUCCAUAUGAUUUUGUCUGAGGAUCAAUGAACUCAUCACAUUAAAGUAGUUUUCUGACGGGCCGUUUGUGUGGUACUUUUGGACAUAUCCCAGAUUAAUUACAGUGAGCAGGUAUUUUCAACGCAGUGUCUAAUGAGACUUGACGGCUCAUGAGAGACAUGAAUAUCAAAAUCUUAAUUUUUUUUAUGACAGACUAAUGCUUCUGUUCUAUUUUUUUUUAAUAUAUACGAUUUAUUUUUGCUCUAUCCACAUCAAUUAUCGUCACAAAAAAGACAUUUUUUGUUUCAUGUACUACAAUCCUUUUGAGCAUAAGACGCAGUAGCAUUUCCCUACCGGUUCACCUGACAGCUCCACUCAGUCACCUCCUCAAACCUGCUGAGAAAUCUUGAAUAGUUGCUUCAAUCAGUUUUUAUGUGAACGUAUUGUUUGGGCUGUAUAACUGCAAUUAAUUAUUUAUUACCACAUAUUGGUGUACAUUCCGACGGAAAUUUACAAUAAAAUAUUUGUAAAAAUGU